AUGUCUGCGAUUGUGCCCAGCUUGUCUCAGGACAGCGGUCUGGCUGGUGCAUUUUCCCAGGCGGCUUUCGGAAGUGCGACUGGAGUCAAACUGGAGGCGGUUAUGGAGCAGCUCCAGAGACAACAACAAGCUAAACUGGAGAUGGAGCGCAAGGAGAGACACUUCAGGGAAGCCCACAUUCUAUAUGCCCAGCAGCUGGCUGCACAGCAAGCCAUCAUGGCCUCCAGAGCUCAGGGUGCCCCAUUAACCCCCGAUUUCUACAGCAAUAACUCCAGAGACAGAGCGCUGAAAGGUGGCCAGGGGCCUCAAGCUGCCAGGGGACCCAUGAAAACCAGCCCUGACCAAGUACACGAGGAAGAUGCCGCUGAUGAGAUGGACAGAGGAAGAGGGUCCGAGGGGGACGAUGACGAUGAAAUGAUGGAUGGAGAAGACGGUAGCGAAGAAGAGGAAAGCGAAGGCUUGGAGUUCCUCAGGAAGCAAAGCCUUGCGCUUCAGCAAGCGUCUGUCGGAGUUCCUCCAUAUCCGUUCCCCGUCUACGCCGCAUCGCCGUCCGCUGCUAAAAAACAUCCCCUGUCGCCGACCACUAAGGUGAAAGACGAGCCUGACAACUCUCUUACCGCCCAACAAUCGUUCAACACACCAAACGGACUGAAUGAUUGGAGCCUGGAUGACUCAUUCAAACAGAAUGGAAAUUCAAGUUGGAACGAGGAAGGCGAGGCUGGGAGAAGCCGAGGAGAGGCCUCCAGAGACUUUGCCAAGCUUUACGAACUGGACAACGACCCAAAACGGAAGGAGUUCCUCGAUGACCUUUUUGCAUACAUGCAGAAACGAGUCCCAGAGGAUGGUCCAGCCUCCAUGUUGCCAGGUCGACUCCCCUUAGCACUGGCUCUCGGGCAUCAGCAGCAGCUGGCACGCGCCGCCACCCUGGAGCAGCUGAGGGAGAGGCUGGAGGCCGGCGUGGGAGCCGCCGUGCUGGAGGGGCCCGAGAGGAAGAUGGCUCGUCUGGCAGAGGAGCAGCAGAGGCUACUGCAGCAGGCUUUCCAACAAAACCUGCUGGCCAUGGCAUCACAGGUGAACCCCGCCAACUUGCGGAUGGCCAACAACACCAACACCCGCGAGGAAAAACGGGACCUGUCUCUCAGCAUUUCUUCUAAUGGAUCUGCUAGCAUUACUGUGUCUGUGGAGGUCAACGGGAUUAUUUACUCAGGAUCCUUAUAUGCUCAGAGGUCUGCAGCUGUUCCCACCGCUGUCACAGCCAUGUUCCCAGGCCAGACCUCCACCCUCAGUCCCAGAAUCCCCUCUUCCUCCUCCUCUUCCUCCUCAAAGGGCCCUGACUCCGUGGAGCUGGCCACAGGAGGGUCACCCUAAUGGUCAUCAGCUCCCUGAACCAAACAGCCAGUCAGUCCAACCCAAACUACAGUCUUUCCUCGGAGCAGCGGGAGCCGUUCUGCCCUCUAGAGGCGACAGAGCAAAUCCCAGUCUGCCUCCCGCACAAACCACAGCUGUGUUUUCCUUCCAGUGAAGGGAGGACCACACACAUACACUUUUACAAACUCAUCAGCUAUUGAAGCUCAUCACGGACCCCACCUGCUCUUUUCUCCAAGAUGUUUUCUCAGGACUGAGAAGGUUUUUAGAGAUGUUUGAUUCAACAGAAUACCUCAGCUGUCUUAAUCUCAGUGCUGUCGUGAGUGGAAACACUUCGGUGAUCGUGUAAUCAUGCCUUUCCGCACCCACAAUCAUUCACUCACAGAGAUGUGUGAAGCAAUCAUGGCAUGAUCAAAUCGUCUUCUGCCAAAGUCACAUUUGUGAGGUUGUGGUUGUGUUUGACACUUUUUUUUCCCCCCUCUUUUUUUGCUGUCUAUUAAUUCUCUUAUUUAAAGUUUGCUGAAUUUACCUCAUCUGCAGUGAAUUUAAAAGACUCAGGAUCGAUUAUGAUAUUGCUGUGUUGCUCUUUGUCUAAUUUGAUGGAGUUUAAAACGCGUUACAAUCCCCAUCAAGUGUUGCAAAGUUGGUUUGGUAAGAAAAGGGGUCACAGAUAUUUUUCCUUUUUAAAAAAUUAUUUACUUGAUUUUAUUGUUUCCUAUUUCCAUUGUUUUUUAGCUUCUAGAUACAGAAAUAUUAAUAUGAUAUGAAAAGAGUUUUGAGUUUGAAACUGCAUUUUACACAGCGGAGAGGUUUUGUUUUUUUUUGUUCUUAUUUAGACAUAUUUACAGGCAACAGUUUGGUUGAAAGAUUUUUCUCUACCUCAGACACAAGACAAUGUAUGGUUGAAAAGAAAUGAUGUGGACACGCGUGAUUUGUGUCGCACGUGUCAAUCAUUUCAGUGCGUUGGACGAUCAUGUACAGGCUCGUAAAUAUAAGAGCCUCGAUUAAUAUACUAUUCUUCUGCUCUGCUGCGCAUACGAGUUCUUUAAAACAAACCAGGUCACGGAAAAGCAGGAUAACAUUCAAAUCAAAGGAAGAUUGGAUGUUUUUUUUUAUUUUGUAUUUUUAAUUGUUGAACUUCAGACCUCACGUAUCUUUCCAUAUUGGAAAGCGAGUUUCUCAGGAAUUUCUUAAUUUUUUUUUCUUCAUAAAAUUUUUACUUCAGAACCUAGAUGCAGUCUCGCUCCUGAAACGAAUGACACUAGAUAUAACUCGGUCAGUGUGGGACUGAAAUAGCUACCUCAGUCAGGAUUUAGCUCGGAUGUAGUUCAACUGCCUGCAGUACGUCACUGAUGUACUGCUGUCUUUUAAUGCAAAAAGUCUCUCUGGUAAUGAAUUAGCGAGAUACCUCCGUGAAAGGCAGAACAACGUUAAUACAAGUGCGAGAUGAGAUUAUUGUUUGAAGAGUUUGAUGCAGUAUCUCAUAUCCAUGAAGUAUUGAUUAUCGCAUGUCAAACUGACUUCCUGUACUUCCAAUACACUUCCAGUAGCAAUCGAGGCUUGUUGGCUGGUUGUGUUCACAUACUCGUGCUGAUUUAGCCUCGUCAGCUAUUAGCUUUACAUUUUGGCCGUUUAGAAUCCUGCAUUUGCUUGACCCUGGGACCUGCUGGGAUACAGACACUUUUAAUUUUUUCUGUUUUCAUUUCUAUAUUCUUCAGGUAACGGCAUAGCUGAAAACCAAAGACCAUGUGUUUCUUAUCCUCUUUGAUGACCUCACUGUAUAGACACAUGCAACUUUACACAAUGAAAUUAAAGUCUGAUC